GCUACUUGUGGGUCGCGUCGUUUUAUCGUCGCGUUGUAAUAUAAUACUUAUAAAGGAAGGAAUUAAGUUGAUUUUAUUAAUCAGAAGAACUAAUUUUAUUUGUUUCAUACACACGAUUAUGAGUGAUAGCGAUGCGGUCCAUGUUGAAUAUGCAGAUGAAACAGAAUUGCUUAGUGAAUUUCGAAAUUACAUGAGUGAUCCGGAUCUACGCGAAAAGGCCGCUAUUUAUUUACUCGAAUCGUUGAUAGAUGAAUCUAUUGUAGGAGUAGUUUUUGAAGUUCACCAUGCUUUCAAAACAGGGUCCGGUGUAGCUAUUGAAGGGCAACCAGAAGAUUGCAAACCGUAUACAAUUGUUGACUUGCCAGAUAUGGAUGUUUUCGGGACGUCUAUUAGUAAAAAAACAAUAGACUGCAAUUGUCCUAAUUGUAAUCGCAUUGUAGCUGCUUCUAGAUUUGCACCUCAUCUGGAGAAAUGCAUGGGAAUGGGCCGUAACUCUUCCCGAAUCGCCAGUCGUCGACUUGCUAAUUCUAGAGAUGGCAGUAAUUAUUUUGGAGCAGAUGAAGACGACGAAGAUGAUGCGGAUUGGUCCGGCGAAAAACGGAAGAAAAAAAUUGCUACAAUCAGAACUAACGGGAACAAAAAGAAUGGUAAAACAUCAUGAAAAUAAUUGUCAAAGGUUCGGAUUGCUGUCAACCCUUGGAAGCGCCGCCUACGAUCCAGAAAUUCGCUCGAAAGAAGUAUGGGUAAAUAGCAGACUAAAUAAUUUUAUUUUUUUAUAUGUAGCCUUUAUCACGAUACCGGUUUCUGGCAAGUUCAGACUGCCAUUCGAUUCAAUAUGAACGCUCAGCACAUGUUUUUAGGCCGGAUAGUUCACUCUUAACUUUUUAUUUGAGUGAAAUAUGCAUCGGAGCUUUUGCAAAGUAUUUAUAUUUAUUAAUAACAUUGUAAUCCUAUGAAAUGCUAUCGUGAGAAUCCUAAACUUUAAUGUAUUGUAUUAUAAUUCUAAAAAUAACUAAGAAUUUAUAAGAGAAUUGACCUAUUCGCACUAUUAUAGAACUAUGUUUAUAUUAGAAAACAUUAAAGAAAAAUUCCUGCAUCAACUGUUUGUUUUAGUAUUCAAGUUAUGUGAAAAAAGUGUAGGUGUAUUACUCUAGUACGAUCAUUUCAUGUCC